UCCCCUUCUCCCCCCUCCCCUGUCGCCCACCUCGCACAAACAAAAACAAACAGCAAACAGACGAUCAUAGUGAUUCGGGUUUACAUGGGAACUUCUGGAUUUAUUUGAGCUUGCUUUUUUGACAGGAGCAUCAGCAGUAUUCCCCUGAGCAAUGGCUGUGGCUGUGGAUUCAAAUUCUUGCCAGCCUUGUGUGAAUGAUCGUAAACUGUGGGAGCCCGUGAUCGCUGCAGAAUGUUUUGUUCCCUGGGACGUCAUUAGGAUGCUUGAUCCGUACAAGGAACGCGUCGACUUCUUUGGUCCAUUCCCAGUGCAUGCCAAUGAGAAUGACACAUAUGACGACAACGAGUUGUUCAGCAUUCGCUUCCACUCCACUGGCAAGUGGAUCAAAGUUGGUUUACAGAGGAAUUGCCUGAAGCAGCCGUGGCGAGAACUGCUGGUUAAAUCAUGUGGGUUGUGGACGAAGCGAGAGAGUGGAAAUGAGCCGUUCAAUCAGAACCCGCUAACGUGGCCAUUGCCUGAAGAGAAGAAUUCAGUACACAUUGUUGACAAGAAUGGAAAUAACUACUACUCCAGGGACACUACUGAGGGCACUUUAAUGCAGAUGCCUCAGUGCACAACACGCUGUUUCACUGUGAGACUGGAGGUUUAUGGGCGGCGAGUCACUCCCACAGACUCCCUAAUAAACAGUUUAAAUUUAGCCCGGAAGUCUGGUUCUUCUCUCUGUGACGUACAACUCCGAGUGGAUGGCCAUGUAUAUCCUGCUCACAAAGCUGUUCUCAGUGCAACUAGCAGUGUCUUCAUGGCCAUGUUUACUGGGGAGUUCAAAGAGAAAACUGCUGAGACCGUUAUAAUUGAAGGCGCAUCCAAAGAGGCCUUUGGGAGGUUCUUGGACUUCCUUUACACCGAAGAUAUUGCCAGUUGGGACGGGUGUGAGCUCGAGCUCUUGGACUUGUCAGAGCGUUACCAGGUGGAGCGGCUCAAGGCGCGCUGCGAGAUGUGCCUGUGGGGGCUGGACGGGCCGCGCGCCCUCAGCCUGCUCAUGGAGGCCGACAAGUGGCCCGUGGUGACCCCGGCCAUCAAGAACCGCCUGUGCCGUCUGGUGGCGGCGGGCUGGCGGGCCGUGGCGGACUCGGACGAGUGGCAGGCGCUGCAGGCCAGCAACCCGGUCACCUCGGGCAUCAUCCAGGCCUUCGCCGCCAUCGUGGCGCCCUCCGUUAAAGUGUUCAAGAGGACGUGAGUGGAGCGGAGUGGAGAGGGACUCAUUCCCUAUCAGGGUUACGUUGUGAUAUGCAUGAAGACUUGUGACUAGAUUUAAGAAAAUCAACUUUCAUAACAUUGCCACUUGCAGACUCUAGAGAGCAACUUUGUAUUCUAGUCAAAAAUUAUUGUUUUUAAAAUGACUGCAUUUGUGGCAUGUGCAUUGUCACUGUUAAAAAUGUACAUAACAUAUUUAUUCUAGAAUAUGACUCAGGGUUAAUAAAAUACCCAAUCAAUUGAAAAAAAGUUUAAUUCGAAAGUCAAUCACAAGAUUACAAGGGUAAUUUAUUUCAACAGAAUUUUUAAAUCAAACUUGCAAAUUAAAAUUAGCAUAGGAUUUAACAAACAUAUGUGCUAUCACAUCACACUGUUUGGCAAAGCAAAGACUAUAGAAACAAAACAAACACUUGUGUCAAAAAGUACAAAACUUUUAAAAAGAACUUUUUUUUUCAAAUUGAUGAUGGUAUGUUAGGUCAUUGCUAAUUACCAGUUAAAACUGACACUGCACCUCAAUCAGGAAGGCCAGUACCCAUCUAGUGGCAGUGAAAUCAAUUUCAACUUCAAGUGAUUGGUGAUGGCAAAUGACUGACUAAGCAAGUGAUUAAACUUGAGCAAACCAUACAAAAGAAUACCUACCAUAAAAAUAGUGACAAUAAAAUAAAACAGAGGUGUGAUAGAGUUACACUUCUCAAAGGAAUUUUAAACAACAUAGUACAGUGAGUAAUUCUUUUGUGCUUCAAUUACGUAUCCAAAUAAAUGAUUACAAAUUAAUUUUUGUCAAACAAAAUAAACAGAUAAACUAUAUUAUGGUCCACGUCAAUGAGAA